GGAGGCGCCUGCGGUCGAGGUCGCGGUGGGGGACGCGGCAUCUGCUGGGUUCCUAGCGGGAGGUCGGGGGGUUCUCUUGGAACCUCAGCUUCCGGGGCACGUCAGCAGAAACAAUGCCAGGGGCUUCCACUGUGUUUUGGAUGACAUGGUAGCACAGCUUCAAAUUCCCUCAUCAUCUUAGUUCUCAGUGCUGUCCCGUCCACCACCAAGCUGGAAUCAUUCUGGAGAAGGGAGCAUUGACCUUUCCUUCAUCAGGCCAAAGAUGCCUCUCUUUGGGAGUACAUUCAGUCCGAAGAAGACGCCCCCUCGGAAGUCUGCGUCUCUCUCCAACCUGCAUAAUUUGGAUCGGUCGACCCGGGAGGUGGAGCUGGGCCUUGACUAUGGAACGCCCACCAUGAACCUGGCCGGGCAGAGCCUGAAGUUUGAAAACGGCCAGUGGAUAGCAGAGACAGGGAUUAGCGGAGGCGUGGACCGGAGGGAGGCCCAGCGCCUCCGGAGGCGGAACCAGCAGCUGGAGGAAGAGAACAAUCUCUUGCGGCUGAAGGUGGACAUCCUGCUGGACAUGCUCUCUGAGACCACCGCCGAAUCCCACUUAAUGGAGAAGGAGCUGGAUGAACUGAAGAGUGUCAGCCGGCGGAGAAAAUGAAGACCCCAAAGACACCUGUUAGGAGCACAGGGGGAAACCCAUUCAUCAGAAGAGGAGGAUGUGGCUGAGGGAAUUUUUAACCAAACUAGUGGAUUAGGUCCUGGGAGAGUAUCAUAUAAUGGGGCCAAAGGCACUGGCCCCCUUAGGUCGACAGUAGGAAGGUGACAGCGUAGUGGAUUCCAGGCCAGUCCUGUGCUUCACAGCAUAAGGAGGCCUCUUCAGGGAGGUCUGGGGUGACGGAGGCCUUUGGGUGUUCUCCAGUCACUUAACACACAAAUGCCCGCAGCCCAGGCUCACCCUCGUCGGACGGAGUUCGUCGUAUCAUCCCCUCACACUGUUGUGUGUGGUGUGGCAUCAGGUGUACAGAGCCUUGUUGUUAGGGCUCUCAGAUAAGGAGCUCUCCUGGUUCUCUGCCCUUCAGGCCACUCUCUCCCUCCUUUAAAGUAUACGCGUUCCCCAAAUCCACAGCCUCCUCUGGCUUCAGCUUCUCAGCAGCAAGCACCGACCUCCCACGGCAACACUAUAUUUUUGUGCUACUUUCCUGUUUACCGUACUUUUUUAAAUUAAAUGAUGUUCUGUAAUCUCUCUCUGGCCGA